AUGAAUUUUUUUAAAAAAAAAUAUUUUAAAAAGAAAAAAAAUUCUGCAAAAUUUUUACUAUUAAAAGUCCAAAGAAAAACAAUGCGCCAUAAAAAUCAAUCUCAAGCUAUCAAGAAAGCGUAUGCCAAGAUGAUGAAUAUCGACAAAAGCCAAGAAUUAAUUUUUACUCCCCCAUUUAAAUUGGAGCAAAAAAUCUUGUUCCAACUUAAAAGGAUUUUUUUUUUAAAAAAACAUUAUCUUAAAAUUUUUCUCCAUAAAAAAAUAUUAUAA